AUGGCCCUAGUAUCGGGCCCUGGUAGAGCUGGGGUAACCCCCGCAGACUCCGAACUACACACCUCAAGGCAUGUCACUUACAUCAGAAGCCUGGACACUAGGAAAGAUGAGCUGGAAUAUUGGCUGACCGAGCACCUACGACUAAAUGGUGUCUACUGGGGUCUCACAGCCCUACAUAUUCUAGGUCAUCCAGAUUCGUUACCUCGAGAUCAGACUAUCGACUUCGUCCUUUCGUGCCAAAAUGACAAUGGAGGCUUUGGUGCUGCCCCAGGUCAUGAUGCUCAUAUGUUGUACACCGUCUCUGCCGUUCAGAUCCUCAUAACCAUUGAUGCUGUCGAUGAACUCGAGAAGCGGGGCCGAGGUGGCAAGGAGAAAGUUGGAUCUUUCAUUGCAAAAUUACAGAAUGCAGACGGUUCCUUCAUGGGGGACCAGUGGGGGAAACAGAUACCCGAUUCUUAUACGGUGCCCUAA